ACGAGAGGACGAACCUGGAAGGAAAAUCUGUCUCACGAGUGUCGGAUAAUAUGAAGCCACUGACACGCAGUUCCAGUUAUCCAUUACUGCCACCUCACAUGUCUGAGCUGAGGGUGGUUCUGCUGGGGAACAAAUGCUCAGAGAUGAGAGCAGUGGGGAAUGUUCUACUAAGAGAGGAGAAGUUCUGUACUGAAGGAGCAGCAGACUGCUGUGUGAAAUUCACUACACCCUUUGAGCAAAAACAAAUAGUUGUCAUUAACACCCCAGACCUGCUGCUCACAAACAUCUCUCAGGACAAAUUGAAGGAACAUGUAGAAACAUGUGUGAGGCUCUCUGAUCCUGGACCUCAUGUGUUCCUGCUGGUUCUACAGCCUGAAGACUUCACUGAGGAUCACAAACAGAGACUCUGCAGAGUCCUUCAACUGUUCAGUGAUCGAUCAUUUGACCAUUCACUAAUUUUCAUGUUAACAUCCAGAGAGGAGAGCUCAUUUGAAAACUGUAUGACUCAUCCACCGCUAAAAGAAAUGAUCAGAAUGUGCAGCUACAGAUACCUGUGGCAGAAGAGCUUUGAACGUUCAGAGCUGUUAACACGUUUGGUUCAAACAGCAAAGGAGAUAAAUGAAGAUCGUCUGAGCUGUGAUGUAUUUGAGGAUGAGGAGGGCGGAUUAUUCAUCAGACCAAAGUGUGUUUUAAACCUGGUUCUGUGUGGGAGGAGAGGAGCAGGGAAGACGUCAGCAGCCAAGGCCAUUUUAGGUCAGACUGAGCUUCAUUCAGUCUCCAACUCAUCAGAGUGUGUUAAACAUCAGGGAGAGGUGUGUGGACGUUGGGUUUCCCUGGUGGAGCUGCCUGCCUUGUAUGGAAAACCUCAGGAGGCAGUGAUGGAGGAAUCACUCAGGUGUAUCUCCCUCUGUGAUCCUGAGGGUGUCCAUGCCUUCAUCCUGGUCCUACCUGUGGCUCCCCUCACUGAUGAAGACAAGGGAGAGUUAAAGACCAUCCAGGACACAUUCAGCUCUCGAGUCAAUGACUUCACCAUGAUUCUGUUCACUGUGGACUCAGAUCCUACAGAUCCAGCUGUUCUCAACGUUUUAAAGGAAAAUCGGGAAAUCCAGGAACUCUGUGGGGGAAGAUCUUUUGUUCUCAACAUAAAGGACAAACAAAAAUAA